CUCCAGCUGGAGCAAACACAGGCGUGCACAGUCCGAGAGGAGAGUGGGAACUGGCAUGAUGUGCUUCAACUCGAUGCAAAAUGAAUGAGCUGCUGUUCUCAGGGGUGUUCUGCCCCCGUCGUUGAAGUACAAGUGUGCGGCUGCAUCGAGUGCACUGUGCAUCCUCUGAUGCCUAGAGAGAUGCUAACGGAGACAGGACCGGUCAAGGCGUUGAGUUGGGUUUUUGUGUAUGACGUGCUUGGCAUUUAAUUCCUCUUUGCGGCAACAAAAAGAGACUUUGCUUAUGUGGCAAGAGACAAAGACACCAGAAUUCUGAAAUGUCAUGUGUUUCGAUGUGACACACCGGCAAAAGCCAUUGCUACCAGUUUACACGAAAUCUGCUCAAAGAUUAUGGCUGAAAGGAAGAAUGCCAAAGCUAUGGCUUGCAGCUCAUUGCAAGACAGGACAAAUGUCACCCUUGAAGUUCCUCUGCAAGUAGAUUUCCCAACACCAAAGACAGAACUGGUGCAGAAGUUCCACGUCCAGUACCUGGGCAUGCUGCCUGUAGCUAAACCUGUUGGAAUGGAUACUCUGAACAGUGCCAUUGAAAGUCUAAUGGCUUCCUCCAGCAAGGAUGACUGGAUGCCAGUUACCAUGAAUGUUGCUGAUGCUACUGUCACAGUCAUCAAUGAAAGAAAUGAAGAGGAGGUCAUGGUGGAGUGUCGCGUGCGGUUCCUGUCCUUCAUGGGAGUAGGCAAAGACAUUCACACGUUUGCCUUCAUUAUGGAUACAGGAAACCAGCACUUUGAGUGCCACGUUUUUUGGUGUGAACCAAAUGCAGGCAACGUUUCAGAAGCUGUUCAAGCUGCUUGUAUGUUACGGUAUCAGAAGUGCUUAGUAGCCAGACCUCCUUCGCAGAAGGUCCGACCGCCCCCACCUCCUGCAGACUCGGUGACUAGAAGAGUUACAACUAACGUAAAAAGAGGAGUGUUGUCUCUCAUUGACACUUUGAAACAGAAACGUCCAGUCACUGAGAUGCCAUAGCUGCAUAAGAGAGAAGAUUCUCCUAACACUUAACUGAAGAUAACAGUAGCUGCGCUAAGGAAAACGAACUGAUGAUGUCUGGCCUUCCAUUUCAACUGCUGAUGCUUUGUCUUCAGAGAAUUUACCCUUAUGGAAACAAUGUUAGACAAGCAUGUUCUCUCAUUCUUGCCACCAUCGUGUGAUAUGAAAAGAAGCAUGAAUAAUUUUUUUGCUGUCAGUGAGUUACAUCAUGGGCAAUGGAAGGUCUGUUUGAUUGUAAAUACAUGAACAUUACCUAAACUCACACACACACAAAAAAAAAAAGAAUAUGGCCACGUCCCUCCCAGUGAACUCAUGCUAAAGUCCUUGGAGU